GGACAGGGCUUGCUCUGCUCCAGUCACAGACACGGUCUCAGAAGAAACCUAGGAAGAUCUCUGAGUGUCCGCCCCUUCUCAGAGAGCAGCACGUGGGUCUAACUCCUCCUGGGUGACAGCUUCAUCAGCAGUUUGGAAACAGACAAGCCAGGACCUGACUCUGAGGAGCACCGGCUUCUGCAGCUGAACAAGACAACGGUACUGAAAGCCAGACUUGGAACCGAAGAGAGAUGAGCCGUCCUCAGCCCUUGGAGGAGGAAAGAUACGAUAUGUCAGGUGCCCGUCUAGCCCUGACACUGUGUGUCACCAAAGCCCGGGAGGGUUCUGGGGAAGACAUGGAUGCCCUGGAACGAAUGUUCCGGCACCUAAAAUUUGAAAGCACCAUGAAGGCAGAUCCCACUGCUAAGCAAUUCCUGGAAGAGUUGGACAAUUUUCAGCAGACCAUAGAUAAUUGGGAAGAGCCCGUCAGCUGUGCUUUCGUGGUGCUUAUGGCACAUGGCGAGGAAGGUCUCCUCAAGGGAGAAGAUGAGAACAUGGUGAGACUGGAGGACCUUUUUGAGGUCUUGAACAACAAGAACUGCAAGGCCCUGAGAGGCAAGCCCAAAGUGUACAUCAUUCAGGCCUGCAGAGGAGAGCAUAGAGACCUUGGUGAAGAAGUAGGCGGAGAUCAGGUUGCUAUGAUCAUGAAGAACAGACCUCAAACCAUACCGACAUAUACGGAUGCCCUCCAUGUCUUCUCCACGGUAGAGGGGCACCUCUCCUACAGACAUGACCAGAAAGGUUCUGGCUUCAUCCAAACCCUAACAGAUGUGUUUACACACAAAAUAGGAUCCAUCAUAGAGCUGCUGGAAGAGGUAACCCGACUUAUGGCAGACACUGAGGUGAUUCAGGAGGGGAAACCAAGAAAAGUGAACCCUGAAAUUCAAAGCACCCUCCGGAAGAGUCUCUACCUGCAAUAAAAGAGAGAGCCGUGA